UGAAAUGAUCUGUCCAUGUACCAGGAUAUCCGUUUGUGGAGACCAGGAAAGUUCGGGUGGACAGGAUCAUAGAUCCCUCGUAACAAAAAAGCGUAAUAAAUUGCGCCAGAAAUUGAAUGAAAUUGUAUUUUCAAGCCUCGAUUUUUUAAAAUAUUUGUGGAGGAAGAUGCUCUGGAUCCAGCUGUAGUCUGCAUGCAUCACCAGAGCAUUUUCACGUUGUUUUGACGAUCCAUUCCUCGGCCUCUAAGUCUAACUACACCUGCUACACUCACGGUUUUACACUUUUUUUUUAUUUUAAUUUUUACUUUUAUUAACUUCCUAUCUAUAUGCUUUAUACAUAUGCGUUUAUCUUGCGUGCCAGGACCUUUAGAUAUUCUGAACUCUCGACAGUUCCAAGUCAUCAUUUAUUCAUCAUUCAAAAUGAGAUCAACUUGGCCGAAGGUCGUCCAUAAAUUUGCCUGGUAGUUAUUUUCAUUCGCUGCGAGGAUAUAUCGUGAAAUAAUGAAGCUAUUUAUCUACUUUAUUCGGCUGUUGAUGUUGGUGUUUUAUGCUAUGUGUUUAAACCCGCCUUCCUAUAUGGUUUUAGGAACAACCAGAGAGUAUUUUGAUGCAAAAUAUCGCCUUGUGAAAUAUCUCACAAGCGAUUCAGAAACGGUGAAGGAAAUUCUUCCUGCUCAUGAUAUCAACACAACUGUAAAUGUAAAAAUUAGAAUCCAGUUGAGACAAAUUGCGACAGUGGAUGAGAAGAAUCAAGCAGUUCGUCUCACCGUGUGGCUCAGAUUUGAUUGGAAUAAUCCUUUCUUGACGUGGGAUCCUGCAAAUUAUAGUGGAAUCGAAAGUGUGCAUGCUAGUAAUGAAUUUUUCUGGAUUCCUGAUGUUGCGCUUUUCAACGAAGCAAGUCUGGAGGAGGAAAUAGAGAUUUUGUACAAGCGUUUAGCGACCAAAUUAGUAAUCCAUAAGGAUGGGAAUUGUACCUGGAAUGCUCCCGCAACAUUACUCAGUCAGUGUAAGAUAGAUGUUGCGAAUUUUCCCUUUGACGAGCAAAUAUGUAACGUUACGAUUGGUUCCUGGACUUACUCAGGAGAGAAAAUCAACCUUACUUACUUCGAGAAGGAAGUAAACAUGGAAAACUUUAUCAAAAACGGGGAAUGGCUGGUCGAAAGCGCAACUUUAAAGGACAACGUAAAGCUUUACGGUCCAGAGAAAACACCCUACCCUGAUGUUACACUCACUUUAAAAAUCAAACGUCGUUCCUUGUAUUAUGGCCUGAACAUCGUCAUUCCUUGUGCUUUAAUUGCAGUUUUAGCUUUGUUUAGCUUUCUCCUGCCUUCAGAUCACGGAGAAAGAAUGUCUUUAGUCGUCACAGUUUUAUUAGCCCUCUCCGUUUACAUGUUGAUCAUUUCGGAUUCGUUACCGGAAACCUCGGACGCUGUGCCUGUUCUUGGAAUUUACUGUCUUGGAAUUGUUGUAACAGUAGCGCUAUGUUUGUUUUCCACGUGUUUAACCUUGAAGUUUCGAGACAUGACUACGCCAAUGCCGCGAUGGCUGGAAGUGAUUGUGAUAAACAUGGCAAGAAUUGUAUUCGUGAAGUUUCAUGAACCGAGUCCUGCUUCGAGCAGCGAUAAAAUUUCACUUUCUCUGACUAACGAGAAAUUUACUAGAAUUCCAGACGGAAAGGCCGAGACUGCAAACUGCCAAGAAACAAACAUGGAUGACAAUGGAUUGUUAGGAAUAAACGAAAAACACUCGAAAUCAUUUGAAGAUGCUCUUCUUGACGAAGUACGAUUGCUCACUGAGGAACUUCGCUCGAAACAAGAGGAAGAAGCUUUUGCAAAGAAAUGGAAGAUCGCAGCAAAAGUGUUUGAUAGAUUUUUUCUUCUCAUUUUUUCCCUGGUUUAUAUUUGUUUGGUUUCCUAUCUUCUCUCCGCAAUGUAGCCUAAGGACAAAUAAACGACGACAGGUUUUAUAAACGCUGGAUGUAUUAUGAAAAUUUUUGUAUAGCAAAGAAUCUCAGCCAAAACUACAGUCAGUAUAAUUUUUUUAUAUCCCUUAAAAAUGCAUGACCACACGCUACUUUUUAUUAACGAGUUAGCACUAUUUUCUCGUGUAAACUAUAUCUGUUUAUACCACUAAUACACCAUCUAAAUCCACAAAUUUACCUUUAUAGUUUUGUGGUUAUAUAGGCAUAGAGAUAUGACAGUGAUAGAAAUUACAUUAGUUUCCAUGUGAAUUUUU